GAGAAGGGUGGGAGAGGGAGGGAGGGAUGAGGAGGGAGGAAGAAGGGGAGAGAGAUUGGGUAAAGGGGGUUAAAGUGUAGAUAAUGUAUCCACCUCUGUGUUGUUUUAGUGUUUGAUGUGCUUCCUGCUCUGAGAUAAACCUGAAUGACUACUGUUUUAAAAGGCCUCUGUCUGACACACUCUACAGGUCAGUUCCCCAGACACUGGUCAGAGUGGGGGGGUUCCAUCAGACUGUGUGUGUUGAACCAUGGUUCCCCCACUCUCUUCUGAUCAGGGAACUGCCCCCACAUACACUUCCUGUCCCAUUGUUGAUUUUUUAAAGGCUGUGAUUUCCUGCCAGAGGGUAGCAGCUCGUAAAUUUGUGCUAGGUUGCAUAACGCCAUUAGCCUUUUUCUAGAUCUGUUGGUGCUCUUGGCAAGAUGCCACAAACAGAUCUGGGACCAGGCUGUAUUACCACAAUAGCUAGCUAUUCCCAAAACCCACUACCUUUGGCUUGCACAGUACUGACCAUUUUCAGCCUUCUGGAAGAAAAUGUAUCCGUGCCACACAGUCUGGGAAUGAAGUGGAUGUAACUGUUCGUCCUCAUCUCACAGUACAGAGGUGUUCACUCACUCAGACUCCAGAUGUUACUGUUCGUCCUCAUCUCACAGUACAGUGGUGUUCACUCACCCAGAUGUUACUGUUCGUCCUCAUCUCACAGUACAGAGGUGUUCACUCACUCAGAUGUUACUGUUCGCCCUCAUCUCACAGUACAGAGGUGUUCACUCACUCAGAUGUUACUGUUCGACCUCAUCUCACAGUACAGAGGUGUUCACUCACUCAGAUGUUACUGUUCGACCUCAUCUCACAGUACAGAGGUGUUCACUCACUCAGACUCCAGAUGUUUCUGUUCGUCCUCAUCUCACAGUACAGAGGUGUUCACUCACUCAGAUGUUACUGUUCGACCUCAUCUCACAGUACAGAGGUGUUCACUCACUCAGAUGUUACUGUUCGACCUCAUCUCACAGUACAGAGGUGUUCACUCACUCAGACUCCAGAUGUUACUGUUCGCCCUCAUCUCACAGUACAGGGGUGUUCACUCACUCAGAUGUUACUGUUUGUCCUCAUCUCACAGUACAGAGGUGUUCACUCACUCAGAUGUUACUGUUCGACCUCAUCUCACAGUACAGAGGUGUUCACUCACUCAGACUCCAGAUGUUUCUGUUCGUCCUCAUCUCACAGUACAGAGGUGUUCACUCACUCAGAUGUUACUGUUCGACCUCAUCUCACAGUACAGAGGUGUUCACUCACUCAGAUGUUACUGUUCGACCUCAUCUCACAGUACAGAGGUGUUCACUCACUCAGACUCCAGAUGUUACUGUUCGCCCUCAUCUCACAGUACAGGGGUGUUCACUCACUCAGAUGUUACUGUUUGUCCUCAUCUCACAGUACAGAGGUGUUCACUCACUCAGACUCCAGAUGUUACUGUUCGUCCUCAUCUCACAGUACAGAGGUGUUCACUCACUCAGACUCCAGAUGUGGUCAGGAACCACCAGACGACUUUCUCCUGAAUAAUUUUGCACGCCCAAUUUUUCCGUUUUUGAUUUGUUAAAAAGGUUUGAAAUACCCAAUAAAUGUCGUUCCACUUCAUGAU